AUGAAUGGAGACUGCAUCACAGAAAAGAUGAACAUCAAUAAAGAAAGAAGAUAUGAAGAGUUAAAAAAAGGGUAUCUUGGAGUUGCUUCAUCUGAUUCAUUUCAGGGCAUAGGUGGAUCACUAAAUUAUACAGGAGUAGUCCAAUUUGAUGGCUGUACAAGAGUGGUCAGAUGA